AUGCUUUUUUUCCAAGGCUCAUUAGAGUACCUGAUAGGUACAGAAUCAAUCUUUGGAGGAUUGGAUUUUGCAAAUCUGCAAUUUCUGCAAAAUUAUGCACCAUUCAUGAGACAGUCUAAGGUUGUAGCUGUUGAUGGUACGUUUGGAGUACUACCAAGAAGUCCUAGCGACAUGGAUCAAUUAGUGACCAUACACGUUCUGUUAGACAAUAUUUCCAUCCCUGUAGUCUAUGCUAUACUGAAUCAAAGGACAGAGAACAUAUAUGCAAGACUAUGGCAAUUCCUAAAGAAUGAUCUUCCUUUCAGUUUUCUGAAUUGGAAUAAUCUGCAAGUAAUCACAGACUAUGAAACUGCAUUAAGGAAUGCAAUCAGAAGGGUUGUACCAGAAUGUCAGUUGGUGGGAUGCUGGUUCCAUUUUAAUCAGUGUAUAGUGCGCUAUAUUCAAACCCACAAUUUAAUGCAACUAGUACGCAACAACCAAUAUAUUGCCACUAUCGUCAGAAUGCUGAUGGCACUACCACAUUUGCCAGCCGAGAGACGCGAAGAAUUACCACCCAACUUCAAUACUCGAGGGGGAUUUUUAGAAAUUCAAAGAAUGGCCAGAAGUAUGAGUGUCGACCAUCAUAUUAUGGAUCUUUUUCGAUACGUUCAAAAUUAUUGGCUGGACACAAUUGGACCGGUUGGGUUUUCAGUUUUUGGGUAUAGUAUUAGAACUAAUAAUUAUUUGGAGAGCUUCCACAGCAUGAUACAGACUACAAUUGGUCAACAUCCACCGUUGUGGACUUUCUAUGAUCGCUUACGUUCUGUGGAACGAAGAGUAAGGAGGGAGACACAACAACUUAUAAAUGGUCACCAGGUAAAUAUAUGA